AUGCCUUACAGCUUCACAUUGCCCCACACGGAUUCUCGCAUGACUUCGACAACGUCAGCCAACACCUCCAGCUCAGGUUUGUCAUCUGCGCUUGCACGUGCUUCUUCGUCCUCUGUACGCCAAUGGACCUGUCCAUGCCUCAACGUACGGCUUUCGCUGUCGCCUGAGUCGCCAACGCCGUCUGAAGGCAGCAGCGGGAUUCCUUGGCUUGCUGAGCUUGCGUCUGACGAUGCAAUCCAUGUCGAAUACCCUUCGCUUGUGUCUCGUGAGACCGUCAGUCUUGCCGAGAACAACAGCAUCGCUUGCGCCAAAUGCUUGAACUGCGACACGAUUGUCUAUGCAGCCAGCAAGCCCGCCCCUCCAGGUCCAGCGCGAGCACUCGGUUUCAACACAUUGGCCUCUAGCUCCGGUGACGCUGUCAGAGAGUCGCGCAGUCCUGUCAGUCCUUCGGCUGCCAAGCAGCUCCGCUCCCCCUCUCGAGACUCUGCCGACCGGCUCAACUCACGCACGAACGAAUCGCCCGUACGACCGCUUGAUCGUAAAGUCUGGAUUCUCCCGGAAGCUUUGAGUCCGGAGCAAGCUUCCAAUGCCGCCGCGAGCGAGGCUUUCUCUCCGGCUUUCAAGGUAGUGAUUCCCCGGACCAAUGCCAAUUCUACCCUUGCUGACCGGCCUGCAACAGCUGCCCAUGCACCUGACAGUGCUCGUGACCCAAUUCAUCCUGCCUCUGACUUUCACAAGAGAACCUCGAGCUAUGGCUCAGGCGCAAACAGCAUUGCUUACGCCUUACCAGCCGUCCCUCAGCAUCUGAUCACCUCGCCCCCAAACUCGCCUCGCGUCGGCGCUCCCACCCCACACACCGCCACUUCUACCGGUGCCGUCGCUUCGCCUACCCCUUCUCACCUUGGAUCCAGUCUGAGCUCUGCUUUAGUCGCCAACCCGCUGGCGUCACAGCUCGACUCGGUCGCUAUCGAGCGGCUCAAAGACUUGCGCUCCAAAGCCGAAGCCGAGGUAUUUGAGCUCGUUCGGCAAAAGCGACGCGAAAUGGAGCAACUCGAGAAGCGUUUCAGAGAAGAAGCAGAAUCACUGCUCGCCGUUACCAAGACAUCCAAACAGACCAAGAGCAAGACCAGCAGCAGCCUUACCGUAUCAUUGAUCGAAAAGGCACUCCUCGAGCAAAAACAGCACCAGUCGCACCCUCUCGAUGAUCCUCAACGAGUCAACGCACGCGACAGCGCAAGACACAGUGUAGCUUUGACGACUUCAGCGCCUUCUCCUAGCUCUGCUCGUACGUCAACUGGUGCAGCUCAACCACGUGACGUCAGCACCACUCAAAGCAGCGUCUCGAGCAGCGGACGUCGCAACAGUCUCUACGAUGAGUAUUCGGAUCUUCCGCCUUCAGCGUUCGAGCGACGUCCCACGUAUACGACUGCCAUCAGUGGCACUGCUACCUCAGCCAACACUGGCGUGCAGAGCACUGUUCCGUCGUCUCUGGGCGGUCUGAGCGCUUCGUUCGCCAUGCGUGGCCGCGAACUUCCAACGCAGAUGCAGGACUGGGCCGAAAAGCGUCGUCUUCGCGAGCGAUAUCCUCAAGGCGAUCAUUCCGCCUUGCCUUCUGCCGCUACCUCUACUGCCAAUUCCAACGCCAACUCUGCCGCAAACUCGAUCGUUGACUCGGAAGAAGAUGCGUGGGCGGUCCGCAACGGGGCGGACCCUACCCAGGAACGUCACAGGACUCGUGAGAACAGCGCCAACACGCAAGACGAUGCCGAGAUGGAUCGCAGAGGUCGAGGCCGCCUACCAUCCCACCAGCGUGGUAGCUCCUCGUCACGUGAACCGCGCGAACCCCGUCGUCUUCACGAUGAGCAGCACCAACCGUCGAAUGGCACGCCGAAAAUCGGCCGAGUGCAGCAGCUUGCGGCUGACCGUCAAGACUCGGGUCGUGACCGAACUGGACGGCCGCCCGCCAGCACCUUCAAUCCGCCACCUGCCAUGUCCUCCUCGUUGCUCGCCAAGCGACCUGCACUCGCUUACGUCGACGAUGGUCGAGAUGCAGACGAGAAUACGCCAUCCGUGGGUGGCAAGCUGAUCUCGCCUCAAUCAAUUGCCGAACCUUCAGCCCAGGUCACGCUUCGUCCUAGGGAUCCACCGCCUUCCACUGCUGAGCCCCUCAAGCCUGCGACUCGCAGUGCUGCUAGCGUCGCUAGUGCUGAAGAUGGCAAUCGUAGCCGUGCGUCCAACACCGUUUCUUCGACGGAUCCGACUACUACCACCAGUACCCCUGGCCCACACAGCCCCACGUCGCGCAAGACCUUCGAGAAGAAAGUUGCCUUUGCGGAGACCGAAGAUCGCGUAGACCACGCAAUCAUCUCGGACGAGUACGAUGACGAUGGCGAAGAUGAGGACGCGAGCGCUUCGGUUCAACAAACAAACAGUGGUCCUAGCGCUAGUCGUUCUCAUGAGGUCAAGCCGGCUCUCGUGGAUGAAUCAGCCGAUGCAGUCUUUGAGAUCGACGAAGAGACAGAAGACGUCGACGCCGACGCCGACGCCGAUGACGAUGGUGAGGUGCAAGAAUCACAGCUGUCUCCUGAGGACAGCGAUCGACACAAGGUCGAGAUAUUCCUGUCUGACCUCCGAACAGGAGCUUCUGGGCGACCGCGAGGUCAGGCAGACGAUGCGCUUCCUGGCUAUGAGGACGAAGCGGAGGGUGGAUCAAGCAGUCGACGUGGACCAAGCUCUGGCUCUCUCUCUGACGAUUUCCGCAGCUCGUUGUCAUCUGAUGACGAGGAUGCAGUCCCGCCAGGCUUUGGCGCGGCUUCGUUCAGUGCCCUCGCGGCCAGCCAGAGUGCCAUGCACACGCUUGCAUCGUCCUUGGCUCGAGCUCGAGCUCGUGCUGAUGGGUCUGGGUUUGAUCCAGCUUCGCUUCGCAUGGACGGUCGCAUCGUUGUACCGCCGUCCUCGGUCUCGAAUCGAGACUUGGAAGCGGAGUCUGAGCCUUUCGUUGUCGGCUCCCUUCGCAGCUCGUCUCGCCGCAUGAGCGUACAGCUGCCGUCCAACACAACGCAAUCGAGUCGCAAAGGCGGUGAGGCGAUUGCCGGAACUCAAGGCCAAGCGCCUGGCAGUGUCUCUGGUGGCGCUCGUCAUCAGCGAUCUUCCUCUCGCAACCGAAUCAGCAACAUGUCGAAGGAGGACGCAGAUACCGAGGUGCGACUCUCGGGUUUGCUCGCACCCAACGCUCCCUCACAUCGUUCGCUGUGGUCGCCCAAAGAGGCUAAGGCGCGACGCUCGGGCAAGCACAAGUACAAGCUCAACGACGAGGAUAAUCUCAAGUGGGACCUGUGGAAGCGCAAGGUCGGCUCAGGCGAUGCAGCUACACCUGCAGCCAGUGGCGAGGCAGCGUUUAGAGAUGCAGAGAGCAAGCACGGUUCUCGUUCCACACCCAUGGCUGUUGCCCCGCCAUCGCAGUUCAUCGCCGCUGGCAGCGGGAUCGGACCCCGACCUCUUAGAGAGGCCACCAUGAUCGACCCGGACUCUUCGAAUUCGAUCAACACCUUCUCGGUGUUCGACCGUCAUCUGCAAGCGAGGACAGCUGCGGCUGGCGAUCCGGCGAACGCUACCGUUGCAGGUGGGCUAGCGAUCGGCAAAAAGACUUGGGGCUACGGCUCGUUCAAGGACAACACGAGUGGGUUCGAGACGGAGCCCAAGACGUCACUUCCAUACAAAGAAAAGAUGAUGGUACCUUCGCUGCGCAAAGCACUGCGGCGCAGCAUCUUUGAGCCCGAGCCUCACGCCAAGCUCGAGACGAUCCCUGACGCGGACGAUCCUGCCACAAGCCCGAGCGCAGGCCGAUCGACGACUGCAUCGGGCACUUGUGCUCAGCCGAUCUCGGGCGACAGCGAUCAGCGUACAAGUGCUGCGACGGCGGUGAAACAUGCAGAGCAUAAGGGUGCUUUACCUGGAAGCGUCAUUACUCGAGGCUUCCCCGUGCCAGGAGGUGCUUCGGCACCAGGCACCGAGACUGGUCAGUCUAAUACGAUGCGUUCGACAAGUUCGGCAGCGACUGAGCUCGGCGUCGCGUCUGUCUCGGCGUCGAGCAAGUCAAGCUCCGCGCCAGGCGAGCAAGUUACUCGAGACGCUGCGCUGGGAGCUUCUGUUGGCAGCUCUGGCACAGGAACGCCCACUAGCGUGGGUCGACGUUCUCCUCGGCCUGUGUACGUGCCGCCGCCGCCGCCGACGUCGGCGACGACGGUGCUGGAAAGCGAUCCAGCGCAGCAUCCACGCGCUCUGGAGCUGUUCGAAACGGACUGCGACACGAGCUUCCGUCUAUACGAGGAGGGCGAAGAGGAAGAGACAGAGGAAGGAUGGGCGAAAGUGCUCAAGUUCAUGCAUGUGGUUGAGCAGCUCAAGACGAACAAACGUACCGGGUGGUUGCAUCACCGCGUUGCGGCGCCUGAGUCGAUAGCAGACCACAUGUAUCGCAUGGCGAUGCUGUGUCUGCUCUGUCCGGCUGAAGCGGAUGUGGAUCUGGGCAAGUGUGUGCAGCUCGCCAUUGUGCACGAUCUGGCAGAAGCCGAGGUCGGCGACCUGACCCCGCUCGAUGGGGUCGAUAAGAAGGAAAAGGUGCGGCGCGAGAAGGAGGCGAUCCAGUACUUUGUGCAUGAUCUGCUAGGUUCCAGUGCGGCAGGCUUGCGCAUCGAAGCGCUCUGGGAAGAGUAUGAAGCAAGACAGUCGAAGGAGAGCCGUCUCGUAAAGGAUCUCGAUCGGUUCGAGUUGGGUCUCCAGGCGAUCGAGUACGAACGUCGCUUUCACAUCGACGAUCUCCAGCCAUUCUGGGCCGGCAGCUUGCCGUAUCUGACGCAUCCAAGAAUAAGGAGGUGGGCACACGAACUCGCCAGAGAGCGCCAGGCCUUGUGGCAGAGUAGAGGCUCCUCGUAUAUCCAGCACGCGCAGCAGCGAAUGUAG